UUUCAGGUCACCCUGGGCAGUUGCUGUCUGACUUGGUGGAAAGGAUGGGAGAGAAGAAAAAUCAGAUAAAGGGAAUUGUCGGUGGCGCAAUUAGCAGAGGGCUUCGCGGGCAAGCCCAACCCCUUCUGCUUCGCAGGACAUCUUAGCUCAGUUGUUUCAGUGCCGCUGGGAGCCGGCUCCAUCUCUGUUUCUGUGUAAAUGCCUGAUCCCCGUGCCAUUCCUCCCGGGCUGGGAGCUGCCUCCCGGAGUGAAUCAGACAGCGCCUGAGAUGUGAAACCCUCCUUCUUCUCUAGACUAGCGGCUGGACCCCCUUCCGGAACAGCGGGCCCUUCCCACGCCCAACCUCUGCUGUCUACAGUUGGCAUAAACAGUGACCUUUUUUUGUUGUUGUUGCAAGAUUUGAAUAUUAUUAUUUUUUUGGCCCAGCAGAUGAAUCUUUUUGGGGUUGCUGUCGAAUGCUGCUCGCUGACUCGGAUGUUUUAACUUUCCCUAGGAGACCCCCCCGCCUUUUGCUCUUUGUGGGUGUGUGUGAGGGGGGAUGUCUGAUGGUUUCCGGCUGAAAUUCGGCACAACGGACCCCUCCCUCCUUUUGCGAAGGAAAGCCCCCUUGCCCUGCGCCAGCUUGUAAGGAGAAGGUGGGACAGGGAAGGGAGCCAGCGUGGAUUGCCUUGCCGGGCCCUGCGGUAGCUGGUGUCAGAAUUGUUCCUGGCAUGCUGCUCAUGCCCAGGGCACAGGGGCUGCCGGCGAUGUUGCAGACUAUUUACGAGAGCGAAUCGUGUUUUUCUUCAGAUGGGGUAUCCGGACGCGAGCAGUCGCUGGAGCUCCUUUCGCGGACUCCGCUCCAUGGCCUUCCCGUGGCAGCGGUAGACGUGAAGCCGGUGCUGCCCGUGGCCAUGCAGAACUCCCGCGGCGGUGGCGGCAGCAGCCCGGUGGACCUGCGGACAGACGCCCGGGGCAGCGGGCCCAGCGUGGACCCGGCGGUGCGGGAGCAGCAGCUGCAGCAGGAGCUGCUGGUCCUGAAGCAACAGCAGCAGUUGCAGAAGCAACUGCUCUUCGCCGAGUUCCAGAAGCAGCACGAGCACUUGACGCGGCAGCACGAGGUCCAGCUGCAGAAGCACCUCAAGCAGCAGCAGGAGAUGCUGGCAGCAAAGCGGCAGCAGGAGCUGGAGCAGCAGCGCAAGCAGGAGCAGCUGCGGCAGGAGGAGCUGGAGAAGCAGCGGCUGGAGCAGCAGCUCCUCAUCCUCCGGAACAAGGAGAAGAGCAAAGAAAGUGCGAUCGCCAGCACGGAAGUGAAGCUAAAACUCCAGGAGUUCCUACUCAGCAAGUCAAAAGAGCUGACCGCAGGUGGCUUCAACCAUUCCCUCCCACAGCACCCCAAAUGCUGGGGAGCCCAUCAUACCUCGUUGGACCAGAGUUCCCCUCCCCAGACAGGCAGCCCGGGAACACCGCCCUCCUACAAACUACCCCUACUCGGCACAUACGACAGCAGAGACGACUUUCCGCUCCGGAAAACCGCCUCGGAACCCAACUUAAAAGUGCGCUCGCGGUUAAAACAGAAGGUGGCCGAGCGCAGGAGCAGCCCCCUGUUGCGGAGGAAAGACGGGACCGUCAUCAGCACGUUCAAAAAGAGAGCCAUCGAGAUCACGGUCUCCUCCGUGUGUAACAGCGCCCCGGGGUCCGGUCCCAGCUCCCCGAACAGCUCCAACAGCGCCAUCGCCGAGAAUGGCUUCACAGGCUCCGCCCCCAACAUCCACACCGAGCUGCUCCCCCAGCACAGAGCCCUGGCCAUGGACGGGUCCGCUAGCCAGCUCAGCCUCUAUACCUCCCCGUCCCUGCCCAACAUCUCCCUCGGACUGCAGGCAACGGUCACCGUGACCAACUCGCACCUCAACGCUUCCCCAAAGCUCUCCACCCAGCAGGAGGCGGAGCGCCAGGCCAUCCAGUCGCUGCGCCAGGGCGGGGCGCUCACGGGCAAGUUCAUGAGCACCUCGUCCAUCCCCGGCUGCCUGCUGGGGGUCGCCCUGGAGGGCGAGACCAACAGCCACGGGCACGCCUCCCUGCUGCAGCACGUGCUGCUCCUGGAGCAGGCCCGCCAGCAGAACACGCUGAUCGCCGUGCCGCUCCACGGCCAGUCCCCGCUGGUGACGGGCGAGCGCAUCUCCACCAACAUGCGGACGGUCAACAAGCUGCCCCGGCACCGCCCGCUGAGUCGCACCCAGUCGUCCCCGCUGCCCCAGAGCCCCCAGGCCCUGCAGCAGCUGGUCAUGCAGCAGCAGCACCAGCAGUUCCUAGAGAAGCAGAAGCAACAGCAGCAAAUUCAGCUUGGCAAGAUCAUCACCAAGACGGGCGAGCUGCCCCGCCAGCCCACCACGCACCCAGAGGAGACGGAGGAGGAGCUGACGGAGCAGCAGGAGGCGCUGCUGGAGGACACGGUGCCCCUGGGGCCGGUGGCCUUCGUGGUGGACGGCUCGCCGGAGAGCGAGAGCACGCAGGACGAGCUGGAGGAGGACGAGGGCGGCGAGCCGGUGAAGGACGAGGGGGGCGCGAGCGGGGACGAAGACGAGCACAUCGACUCGCCGGAGGUGGAGGAGCUGGGCGUGGCUUACAAGCAGGUGUUCCCCGAUCCUCAGCCGCUGCAGCCCAUCCAGCUCUUCCCAGCUUCCCUGACCAUCACCACCCUGCCUCACCAAGCGCUGAGCCGGACCCAGUCCUCGCCCGCCGCCACAGGCAUCAAGAACACGGCGGCUGAACCCCCUGUCAAACACCUGUUCACUACUGGCGUGAUCUACGACACGUUCAUGCUAAAGCACCAGUGUAUGUGCGGGAACACUAACAUUCACCCAGAGCAUGCUGGGAGAAUCCAGAGCAUCUGGUCCAGGCUCCAGGAGACCGGCUUGCUGAGCAAGUGCGAGCGGAUCCGGGGCAGGAAAGCGACGCUGGACGAAAUCCAGACAGUCCAUUCGGAGCAUCACACGUUGCUCUACGGAACCAGCCCCCUCAACCGGCAGAAACUUGACAGCAAGAAGCUGCUAGGUCCCAUCAGCCAGAAGAUGUAUGCGGUCCUGCCCUGUGGCGGCAUCGGGGUGGACAGCGACACGGUGUGGAACGAGAUGCACUCGUCCAGCGCUGUCCGCAUGGCUGUGGGCUGCUUGGUGGAGUUAGCCUUCAAGGUGGCCUCGGGAGAGCUCAAGAAUGGAUUUGCUGUCAUCCGGCCCCCGGGGCACCACGCGGAGGAAUCCACGGCCAUGGGUUUCUGCUUCUUCAACUCCGUCGCUAUCGCUGCCAAACUGCUCCAACAGAAGCUCAGCGUCGGCAAGAUCCUCAUUGUGGACUGGGACAUUCACCAUGGCAAUGGCACCCAGCAAGCCUUCUACAGCGACCCCAACGUGCUGUACAUCUCCCUGCACCGCUACGACAACGGCAACUUCUUCCCAGGCAGCGGGGCCCCCGAGGAGGUUGGCAGCGGGAUGGGGGUGGGGUACAACGUCAAUAUAGCCUGGACGGGCGGAGUGGACCCCCCCAUCGGAGACGUGGAGUACCUGGUCGCGUUCAGGACGGUGGUGAUGCCGAUAGCCAACGAGUUCUCCCCGGACGUGGUCCUGGUCUCUGCCGGCUUCGACGCAGUCGAGGGACAUCUGUCUCCCCUGGGCGGCUACUCCGUCACGGCGAAAUGUUUCGGACACCUGACCAAGCAGCUGAUGAAGCUGGCCGGCGGGCGCGUGGUGCUGGCUUUGGAGGGAGGUCACGACCUGACAGCCAUCUGCGACGCCUCAGAAGCCUGUGUCUCCGCCCUGCUUGGCGUGGAGCUGGACCCCCUGGAUCAAGCUCUCCUGCAGCAAAAGCCAAAUGUAAAUGCCGUGGCCACGCUGGAGAAGGUUAUUGAAAUCCAGAGCAAGCACUGGAGCUCUGUGAAGCGCUGUGCCUCGGUGGUCAGCUGUUCCUUGCUGGAAGCGCAGAAGGGAGAAGCCGAGGAGGCAGAGACAGUAAGUGCCAUGGCAUCGCUCUCGGUCGAUGCCGAACAAGGAAGCACAGACUGCAGCCCCAGACAAGUGGAUGAACCGAUGGAGGCGGAGCCUGUUUUGUGAAGUGCCAAGCCGUCGUGUAGCUGUCACUUUUUUGUGGGUUUUUUGGUCAUUUGUGAUUUCGUUCCCCCCCUCCCCCUCCAAAAGGAAUUUUUUUUCUAUUAAAAAGAGGAGAAAAAAAAAAAAAGUCACACUCGACUCCACAACAAAGCCGUGUGUGUGAUUGUGUCCGUCUCCAAGCAGCUGACCCCACCGGCAUUUCAGUCUUGUCCCCGCACCUUUGGGAUUCAGGGGUUUGGUUGGUUUUGAUUUCCUCCUCUCCUGUCUUACUUCUCCGUCGUUCUUCCCUUUGGCGACACACGGUAGCAGCGAAACAAGAAACUGUUUCACUUUGGGGUCCUUUACGCUCUGUGCUCAGGAGAGAGGAGACGACCCGGCUGAUUUCAAAUCCAAACGGCAACACCGUCCUGAUUUCUCUCCCUCUCUCUUCUUUUCUCGUUCCCCUGGUUCGCUCACACCGAAAUCCAAGCUCUGUGACUUGCGUGCUUUCUUUUUUUAAACCUUCACACCUGAAUUCAUCUUUCUGUCAAUCGUGUUGAAGUGUUUCUGAGACAUAAGUGACUCUGAAUGCUAACUGAAGACGGUCUCUGGGGGAGGAGAAAGGAAAUAUUCGUGCCUUUAAUUAAGUCAUUUUUUUUAAUGCCUUAAUUUCCCUGUGAUUUUCAUUUUGCUCUUUUGAGUUACCGUUUCAGAGGGAGCUAUACAUAUAUAAAUACGGGACAGGGGAAGAGAGUCACACUUUUUGUUUGAUUCUCAAUCACCCCCUCCCUCCCCAACCAACCCUCCCUUCUCCUACCACACACACUGUGUAAUUAAUCCCAUUGUAAUUAAGAGAGCCACUGUGCAUCCAUGUUCACGACCAAUGCUUUCUGGAAGUUCUUUUGGUUUUGUUUUCACAAAGCCUCGUCUCGCUGUAAAUAAUUUGAUUUCUUGUCUCGUGUGCACAAAAACCGUUGUCCAUUCGUAAAAAAAAACAAAAACAAAAAAACAGAAAAAAAAGGAAAAAAAAAAUAUUUUUCUUUUCCUGUUACUUCACCAGCCUAAGAGAACUUAGAAGGAUUUUAGCUUUAAAAGAGGAAAAAAAAAAAACAAAGGUAUAUAAUUUUAUUACAGAUGUAUUAUUUAAUAGUAUUUUUUUAAAUGCACCGCACAUGCUUUUCCUUUGGAAAGUCGGGUGGUGGGGGGCCGGAGAUUUGCACCAAGGACAGAGCUGGGUGGUUUUGUUUUAAAUGAUUCUUCGGCGGCGGGAUUUCUAAGUUUCGGGUGAUGUCAGCCUGCGUGUCGUGUGGUUUUGCUCUUCGGUUGAAACCUCUGAUGAGGUCUGUCGGGGUCACCGUUCCCUUUGGGUUUAUUGCUCCCAGGGGCUCCCUGUGGAAUGGCCUCUUUGAUCAUCUCAGCAUUUGGAUUCACCUUUCUGUUCUGCCCUGUUCGUAGACACCCACGUGUCCUGGCUGUGUAGCAAGGAGAUACAAGUCAUUGGGGGGAGGUGGGGGGGGGGUUAGGUUUGUCCUGGUGUGGAGGCAUAGGACGAUGACCGUCGGCUGACCAGAGACUGUAGUGGUGCUUAGGUCUGGUGCUGGGCCCCCGCGCAGGGCGGCAAGGGGCUGACAUGUUGCAUUGGCAGGGGGGUGAAUUUCACCCUGGCCUACAGGAAGUGAUGCGGGAGGAUUCCGUGCCGCUCGCCGCUGUGUGAGGCAUUCUGGGAAGCGGCAGGGUGGAUCUAGAACCCUUGGCUGCUGCGGGGUUCUGCAGUUUGCCCCUCCCGUCGGGUUCUCAGUACUAGACCCAGAUCCAAACAGCCCCAGAGACAAUUGCUGGCCCCUCUGAUGAGGCAAACCUGAGUGCUUUGGGGUGGACUGUCCCACUGCCAGAGGCCCCUUCUUUGUCGUCAGUUGUCUUCCUCUCCCCGGCUCAGAUCCCUUCUCCCCGACACCGCAGUGGGAGUAGCUGUGUUGAACUUCCCUCACGAAGGCCCUGUCUACGCUGGGGUUCAAGCCCUGACAGCAGACAGGGCCAAUUGCCCCUCCCAGAGAUACCCCUGGGACACGUCACCCUCCCUUUGCAGGUUGCAGUGAUUUUCAGGCCCUUUGUGGCCUCCCCUACAAGGCUCCCACAGCCCAGUGCAAGCCCCUUCCAGCCUGCGUGUGGGGAUCAGAUUUUGCCCCUGCGUCCCCGAGUGGCUGGCUGAGUGCUGGGCCCCUUUCACGGCCUUACUUGCCUCCCUCCCCCAAACUGUUUCGUAGCCGUCAGGUCCAACGGCACGAGCCCAGGCCAGCGCAAGGGUGUGCGGACGAGAGGGAGCGUCGAAGCGCUCUCAGGGCACGAGGCUCCCCGCCUGCUGCCCAGCUGCGGCACCCUGCCCCUGAAACAGAGAGGCAAGCCAGCCACUUGUCUCUUGUGCCCAACACUAACUGAGCGGAGCUGGGGUGAGUUAGUGCAAUACAUACUUGUGAACACUAGAUGGUGGUCUGCUCCCUAGAGCUCUGCACAUUUCACUCUCAGUACCGCCAGGUGCUAAACUGGUUCUUCCCCUGUAGGGCAACUCGAUCACCCUUCGAGGGGAGAAGGAUCUAUGCACCUUGGCCUCCGCCUGGCUGGCUCUGAAGAGAGUUCCCCUGGGACCCCCAGGAGCUUCUGGCAGACGGGUAGCAAAGCAAGACCUAGCCAAACAGCGCUGGUUACCCAAGAGCUCCGUGCUCGGAUAGCUUUGUCCCAAGGACGGGCGUGCUAGGGCCGAGCUGCUUUGCCAUUCAAGCUGCCGGGCAUUUCCGAUCCUGGCCCAUUGCAGAGGCCUCUCCAGUGCUGCUCCAUUGGCGAGAUCGCAACUGCUCCUUAGCCGGGGCCGUGCCGUUUGGCGUGUGGCUAAACCUGCCAGGGCACCGCCUGCCAGCUCACCUCACUUGUAGGCCAGACUCCAGGCCUGGCUACGUGUGAGUAAGAAACCCAGCUCUCUUGUUCCGAAAACCAGUGCCCUAGAGAGAGCUGUGGACUUUACUCAGGUGAAACAAAGAGAGAUGGGUCAUUGAUCCUCCCUAGCAUGGGAUGGUGAUGGGGGGACUUAUGCAGGUUGAUCUUCUUAUCCGGCUCCCCAUCCCAGCCCUUCUCUCCAGCACGGUGCUGGCCAUUAGCUUUGGUGGCGAAGGUCGGAUGGUCUAUUCAGACUCUUGAGGAGCAGUUAAAGGCAGAAGGAGCAGGGGUAGAAUCAAGAGGGGUUGGUUUAUUGGCAGCUGAGUAGCUUCUCCCUGGUGGCUUCUUGAGGAAACCUGCAGCGGUGGCAGGGUCCGUGUAGCAGUGACUCUAGGGUACAACGCGUGUCCCUGUGGUUGUCGGUUCACAUGCAGCUCAGGUUGGCAGUGACUAUGGGUCUGUCUACACUGGACUGUAAACCCAGGCUCAGACUCACAUUUGGGCCCAUCCACACACAAAUCAGUCUGAGGUGGGUCAGCAAGCACUCAGGACCCUGGUCCUAGGACCUACCUGGGGCGGUUGGGGGAGGAGUGGGAGCCGGAGUGCCACUGCGAUUCGGGUCCAAGCCCUGUCGUUUUGCAGUGCGGAUGCAGUUCAAGCUGCAGCCACGAGUGAGAAGUCCUGCCCAGUGCAGUGUGGGCCCGUUAGCAUGGCUGUGAGCCCCAGGUCCAGCACCUGUAAACCCAGGUUUACCACACAGUGUGGACACACAAGCACGGGCUUGAGUCCACAAGCCUUGGGUCCCACAGACCCGCGUUUGCAAUGGAGCGUAGACAUACUCGGUAGGGUCCCGGUGACACACCGCGGCGGAGCCGUGCUCGGUAGGGCCCCAGUGACGCACCGCGGCGGAGCCGUGCUCGGUAGGGCCCCGGUGACGCACCGCGGCGGAGCCGUGCUCGGUAGGGUCCCGGUGACGCACCGCGGCAGAGCCGUGCUCGGUAGGACCCCGGUGACGCACCGCGGCGGAGCCGUGCUCGGGAGGGGCCCGGUGACGCACCGCGGCGGAGCCGUGCUCGGUAGGGCCCCCGGUGACGCGCCGCGGCGUAGCCGUGCUCGGUAGGGUCCCGGUGACGCACUGCAGCGUAGCCGUGCUCGGUAGGGUCCCGGUGAUGGAGGUUUAGCUGCAGGGCCUGGAUGUCAGAUUCGUCUCUAAAUACCUUUUGGGCAGGUCAUCCAGGGUCCUGGCUCGGAUCUUCAUCUCCGCCUUUCGCCAGCCCGGCCUGGCACUGAGCAGCACUGAGGCGUGACAUACAAAGCGAGCAGGUGCUGUACGUUGGAAGGCUCCGUUCGGUUCUGAGCUGCCCACCCUUAGUGGAGACGUCGCCCAGUCGGGCGGGCGGGCGUGCAGUGAGACAGGGUCUCCGAGCACGGCCCCGGGGGGCCAACACGGGGGGUGGAUUUUGCCCAUGUGACAAAACCCACCUUCCCACCUGGCGCCACUCCUCUGUCUUGGUAGAGACGUCCAGGACUGAAUUCCCCUUUGCCCUGCCAGGGUGGCCCCCUUCAGGGCAGAGCUGGCCCUGCGGAAGCUUGCCCAUGCUCAAUGGCUCAGUUCCUCUUGGCAAGGCAGGAGAUGUGGAAACCCCGGCAGGACUUCCCAGACUAGGGGCUCGCUGCUCUCGGCUGGGCUCUCGCCCGGAGGCAGGGAGACCUUCGGCACAGAAGGGUCUAAUAUAGCUCGUCUCAGCACUCAGGGAGUUGGAACAGGGCUCUCAGCCCUCUGCUCGCCCCUUGCUGGGCAAACCCACUGGAGGAAGGGUCCCGAUGGGUCACUCGAAGCCACGGGUGGUCCCUUCGAGGCCCUGUCUCCACUGAGCUCCCAGAUCCCCUUCCCAGACCAGCACGGAGGUCGUUGCCAGGUUUCCAGAGGGCAUAUCCGGGAGCAGGGUGGUUUACAAGGUUUAGCUCUCCUGAUUAAAGGCCCACCUAGAAGCCACGCUAGGUCCGUUCUGCCAAGAACCCCUGUCCAAACGUGAGCCCCGCUUCCCUGGGACGGCUUGGCAGUGGCUUGCCCGCCGGGCAGGCAGAGCCCGAGUUCUCUGCUCUAAUCCCAACCGCUGGAAAUACCAAGCAAGGCACCCUCAGCUCGGCCACCACAGCUGGCUCCCACGUGGCAGGCCCCGAACACGGCACUAUCACGGGAGCUGAGCCCCUUGAAAGACUCAAGCUGGUUCUUAAUUGCCCCCCCCCCCCCAAACCAGGCUGCCCCCAGGAGCCAUCCCCCACUCAGUGGAGACCCCACGGGCCAACAGCAGCAAUUGCUCCUGCCUCUUCUUUGGGUGGGGAACCUCCCCUCCUACCCACCUUGGCUAAAUGUUGCCCUGAUCUUGCCACGAUGGUAGCACAGUUCCCUUCAUCUGCCCUGUCUGCUCUAGAGAUACAACUGCCCCGCCUCCCCCCCACGGUUACAACCCUGUUUCGUUCCGGAGUGUAGACGGGACCUCAGGCUUGUUUUCUAGCCGCGCUAUGGCAUCGUUCUAAUCCAGUUCCAAAACGCUGGCCGAAACCCGUCUCCGCUCCGCAACGCAGUCCCGGUGUAGCCGGCCCAGGGACGAGCCGUCUGGAACUGUCACCUGGACAUGGCUGUAUGGGUAGGACCGUUCGACUUUCUGAUGUACCAGUAACCAGAGGGCCCUGUUCACCCUCCCCCUGCACCUCGCACAGUCAUCUGGGUGUAAAACGCUACCGGAUCAGACCAGGCCUGUUUCACACCCUCAGUGCACUCGUGCAAACGACUGGCACGGGGGAGUCGGGCCCGUCCGAUCUCAGCACCUGAAUACAGCUUAGCCCCUUCUGCCCAAGUAAAGCCAAACUCUGUUCUCAACUGUGUUGGAAUCCAACACUGAUCCUAGAGAUCGGGGGGAAGAGAGGGGGGAAUGUUUCGCCUUUCUGCUCGUAAAACCCUCCAGUCUUAAAGAAACCGAGAGAAGAAAAGCAUUUUCCCCUUGGUCACAUUGUUCCUCAUCAUGGUAAUGAGUUUCUUUAUUUGGGGGGGGGAAGGCAGUGAGCCACUUCCCCCCGCUUUGCAGUCUGUCUCGGUUGCAGUAUGGGGGUGUCAAGUUUCUGCCAGGGCACUGUUCUUCAUUCAUUUGCAAAAAAAAGCCAUGACUCCAUUGGACACCUGUAAGUGUUUGUCCAUGGGUGGAUUGUGUCCCAUGGUCUCGUUUCUGAGUUUCACACCGUCUCGGCAGUAUUACGUUGUUGGGGGUGGUCUGUGCCGUUUUUGUUGUUCCUGUCCCCUGGACGCUGCAAAAUGCCACCACCCCCCUCCGGGGUGGGAACUGUUUCUGUCUGAGGGUUUGGUUUUGGUUUUCUGGUUUUUUGCCCUGCUCUCUGUCUCGCUCUCGCUAUGGUUUUCAGUUGAGUAUUUUGUAAUCUGUUACAAUGUUUGUCCUUGUGUAAAUAAAACUGUUUCUGGCAAUACC